UUUUGCAUCUGUAGUCACUGUUAGUACGUUCAGUGACAACUACCCGAUAAAUUAUAUUUAAAAAAAAUUCUGGUCUGUUUUAUUGAACGUACGAUUAAUCAAUAAGACCUUCAUGUUGUAGCAAUUAAUAUACUUGCACGCUACGAUCGUCGUACUGCGAUCAUGCGUCAGAAUAUAAAACAAGAGAUUUAAUGGGAACUUAAAGGUAAAUUACAAAAAGUAGAAAGGAUGCCGAGUUGCGGUGGCUUGUUUAGAAUAAUUAGACGCCGCCUCGUACUUGGACUGAUCUUCGCUUUAUCGCUUACAUACUGCGCUUUUUCUCUCUUCCGUGAUGAGAGAAAAUCUUUACCUGUGGACAAUGAUCUUGAUGACAUGGACCCUAUGAUUAUCAAUGACAAUAAUGAUGACUUAAUCUCUGAUGAUGAUGCAUUGGCAGAGCAAUUAAGAGUAUCCAGUAAACCAUCAUCAUGGCAGAUGGCGGUUGAUCAAGAAGUAAAUGAUAAUGCACUAAAUAUGGAUAUAAUUUCAAAUCUGAAUGGCACUGAUACAGUGAUUCCUUGUCGUAAUUCUGUUCAGGGUAAAGCUCUGAUAGUAGAUGAGCGUGGUAUUGUAUGCUCUAGACAAGAUAUUCUACCAAAUGGAUGUUGCAACAUAGAUCAAAAAGAUUCUGUAAAGAAUGAAGAUACAUCCAGUAUAGCCAAGAGUGAGAGGUACAGUUGUAAAACAUGUAAUGCUCAAGGAUGCUGUGCUAUCUAUGAGUACUGUGUUUCUUGCUGCCUGCAUCCUGGCAAGCAAAUAAAAGGAAGAAAGGAUGUGUUGUUAGGUUUGCUUAGGGACAACCCCAAGGCACACAAAGACCAGGACGUGGUGAAGAAACGACUAAGAAAUCUAGACCGCUUUCAGGUUUGCCUGGCUGCUUGUCGUACUUCAAGUGCGAGCGUUCGUCACGAGAACACCUACAAAGAUCCACAUUCGAAGCAUUGUUAUACUAUUCAACCAUCUUAUUCUCAUCAAAGACAUCGACGUAAUGUUGACAAUAAUAAUGAUGACAACUCUGUUGUCAUUGCAUCUUUUUCUGUCAUGCCGUUACUUUCCCUUAUCUCUCCUUUCUGUCUAGUCUCUCACAUAAGUAAUAAUUCGCUGUUAAUAUCGUGCAACUAUCAUACUCCAAUGUCACUCAGUUAUUAUUCUCACGUACGACCACCUUGAAAUAUAAAUUAAAUU